UAGCGAGCGACUAAUGGCCAUGUACUGUAUGAAUAAGGAACUGACUGACUGAGAUGUAGAGUUUUUAUCGUACUUAGGAAUUAAUUGUAUAGUUGAUGCCGAGAUGUUUGCACAUCAGGAAGUAGAUUUGAAUCAAAUUGACAAACUAACGCAAGAAGGGUCAGCUUCGAUUGGAAAUGGCCACCCACAAGCAGCAGUUUCUGUGUUCCUCGAGGCCCUGGGAAGAGCACAACUCAUCAAUAAUAAACACUCUGUGAGGAUAUGCUCAUGUAAUUUGGGUGCCUUAUAUCUUCUACUGGGUGACACUGAAAAUGCACUACGAUAUCUUGAAGUAAGCGUGCCUAAAAAUGGUGAGAGCAACGAGUCAGACUCCUUUCAGUUGAAUGGUGAUGUGUACUACAACUUUGGACUUGCAUAUUUAACGAUUAAGGAUUUUGAAAAGGCUAUCAGAAACCUGAAGUUUUCAAUUGAGAAUUUUGACAAAGUGGACUCGAAAGGUGCAUCUUCUGCCGAGGCUCAUGUACUAUUAGCACGGGCCUACACUCAGCUUCAAAAUUAUCAGUUGGGUGCUGCUGAAUAUGAAAAGACUGCUGCGAUAUUUAAGGAGUUAAAUGAAGACUAUAAAACAGUAAAAGCUUUGAUCAAUCAAGCAACUUGCCUUUAUCAUGCUCUUAAACACGAAUCUUGCCUAACUGUUACUAAGAAAUGUCUUCCAAUCUGUAAGCAUAUGCAGCAGGACAGUAGUACAGGAAAACUGUACCAUGAUCUUGGUAUACUAUUUGGAAGAACGAAGACUUCAUCACUAGCUGUUGAUUCUUUCAAAUCAGCUAUAGAGUUAUUGCCAUCUUCAUCAUCUACCCAAAAUGCCGAACAGCUGAAGUUGAUGAAAUACAGAGCAUCAUGUCUUGAACACAUAGGAGAACUACUAAAUGUUGAACAGCAAUUCCAGGCUUCUCUGAAGUAUCACAAGGAAGCUAUCCAACUACACAGUAAGUUAAACAACCACCAAGCUAUGGGCAAGUGUUUCUCCAACUUGGCCUACUCGUAUGCUCAGCUUCAAGACUACCUGAAGGCGGAACGGGCUUAUCAUAAUGCUCUGCAGAAAAUGGAAGAAAUUGGUGAUUUGAAUGGGCAGUGGCAAGCAUAUGAAAGCCUAGCAGAUGUGAACUUCCAAGAACAGGAUAUUGAGCGAGCUAUAGUUCAUUACAAACAGGCCGAAUCUAUUGUGCAGCAUAUAAAAUUAGAUCCAUCUAUCCAUGAUCGUAUUUUAAGCAAAUUGUCGAGUGUUUUGGAAUGCCAGGUGUCAGGCGCAGUAAGAGCAACGUUAAAUAGGCAGAGAAGACCGAUAUCAGUCUCCAGAACGCAGAAUCAGUUUCAUGGCGAAAGCAUAAAUUCAACUCCAGUUCACGGUAUGUUUUCCCAUAAUAGGAUAGCUCCACAGGCUAGUGGUGUAUCUUCAGUCAAUCCCCAAGUCAAACCCUCAGUGUCAGCCUCAAUCAAACCCGGUGCCACUUCCACUAAAAAGCCAUCACAUCGGAAAAGGCUAGGCUCGAGGAAAAAUCGUGCGAAAGGGAGACGGCGACAAGGGGAGUUUGAUGUUCCAGUUUCCAAGGGAGUUCUAUCAUAUGAAAGUGAAUCAGAGUUAUCCUGUGCUUUUCAGGCUUUAGCCACCGAAGAUGAUGCAGAUUGGAACCGUCACUUUUCCGACAAUGCAAUUUCCACCAGUGAACAUAGGUCAUUUAAACACUCUCUCCAAAUUCGAAGUUCAUCGUUACCGGAUGUCGAGGUGUCAGGUAGCACAAGGAGUGCAACACCUGGUAGUCAGGUGUUGCAUUCACAUUCCGAUGAUGUAGACUCAUCUUCUCUGACAGAUAUUACAUCUGAUGAAAGCACUCAACCAAGACCUUGGUUAAAUGGCAAUAGUGGGCUUGAUACUAUUGAAGGCAACUAUCAAAUCAUUAGUGAACGAGUCCCAGUGUAUGCACAGGUGACCAAACACAAUGUCGCAGUAGCUGGCUCGGAUGUUGAAGAACAAGAGAAGAUUUAUGAAACACUGAAUUCCAAAUUUGAUGCUACAGCACUACUUGGUUCCUCAAUGCCAGUGCGAGAUCCACCAUCUCCCCCGUUACAACGACCGCCACCGCUACCUCCACGCAAGAUGCGGCAACAUGAACAUCCAAAUUCAUCAGAUAGCGAAGACAGUGACUGCACUGACAGUUUUGAAGAAGAAGAAGAUGAAGAUGAUGAUGAUAAUGAGGAUAAUGGUGAUGAUGAUGGUGAAGAACCAGCCUACAAGAAAUACCAGCAGUCUGUCUAUAUGAAGCAACUAUCCAGAGGUCAAAGAGAAAAAGAGCUUUUUCAGUUAGCUCUGCGUAAAGCAUAUGCACAUUCGUUUGAAGCAGUCAAUGAAGUUCAAGAAAAUCAGGAAAGUCCCCCAAAGAAUCCAUCAAGUUCAACAACGACUAUAAGAUCCUCAGACUCAGAUGUGUCAUCUAAAUCUACUCGUUCAACAAAGUCUCGGGCCUGUCGUAUCAUGUGACCAACUCAUUUGUGUCUUCGUCAUGCAGGCAAAAUGCACUACUCUACCAUGGGAUGAGCAGUACUUUAUCAUGUGAUAAAUAAUUCUGUGUAAUUAGCAGUACUGUAUCAUGUUAUCACUUGAUCACUGAGCUGCAUCAUGUGAAGACAUUACUUUGUGAUUGUGGUGUACGGUAAGAAUGGCCCCGGAAAAAAUGGCCCAGGGAAAAAUGGCCCGGGAAAAAAUGGCCCCGGUAAAAAUGGCCCCAAAUGACAGGUAGGUAAAAA